AUGUGCUGGAUGGUGCAACGUAUGACUGCCAGCCACCUUCGAUUGGUCGUGGCCAAAUUGUCCCCAGCCCCUCCAGCCCCCGCACAUGAGAAGCAGGUGGCAGUCUCCUCGGCUCGGACCCUUGCCGCAACUUUGCAGCAUCGCUCUUCCGAAGCUGCAUCGUCGCAAAACAACACUGUAGCAAAUGUAUCGCCUUUGGUUGUCACAUCCGGGGACUCUUUGCAGGAUGUGGUGAAGAAGAACCACCGGCUCCGUGCUCUUCUAAAGACCAUGCGGUGGCCCAGGCUAGAAUCCUUCGAGGUGGGUGGCAGGGUGUAUGAGUUGCCUUGUCGACAGGCAGACCUUCCUGCCUGCGCUCUGGGCUUGUCCACAUCAGCAAGAUUGAGAUAUUUGGCUGGAUUUUUCGAUGGCGAUGGAUGCGUUGGCCCGUCUGCUCGGUGCAUGUUGACAGUAGAGCAGUCCGUCAACCAAGCUGGAGUCUUGUUGUUGUUCCUUGAUCUGUUCGGUGGGAGCGUGAGGCGCCAGUGUGAUGGAGUGGGGUUGUGUCGGCCGGUGUUGAAAUGGGAAGUGUGCGGCCAGAAAGCUUGCCAUGCCGCUACACUUCUGGCGCCGUAUAGCAUCACCAAACAAAAGCAGCUCCACUUAGUAGCUGCAUGGCCUCAGUACAAGAAGGCACAAAGACAACACAUCAAGGAGGAGCUACAGCUAUUAAAGAAGUACGAUUCUGCUGUGGUGGGGCAUUGCACGAUGGAGUACUUCACUGGGUUCUUCGAUGCAGAAGGGCACAUACAGCAGGGCUGUGGAGGUUUUCUGGUGCAGCGCUUCAGUCUGGAUGUCCGAGUUCGUCGCGAUGGCCCGAAUUUCCGACUUAUUUUGGGCCCUACGCAGGUUUGCAAACAGGUGCUGCAUCGCAUGCUAGCAACAGGCUUACUCUGCAAAGCAGAGCAGGCAAAGACCGCAAUGAGCUUGACACGUGCGAAUGCAGCACAGGUUCGCGCAACACUGGAAGAGCAUGUCGGCAACCAGAAGUUUGGCAAGAGGCUUGACGAGGAUGGUUUGCGCAGAGCGCACGAGAUUCAAGCAUUCCUGAAUCAGGUGGCAUACUUGAAGCGACGAGGGGAGGUGCACCAAGCGGCGUCAAAGUUGCAGGAGGUCGAAUGCUUGAGGAGCAAUCAUGCGCUGCUCAAAGCACGUCUUGAGAACCAGCAGCUCCAUGACUACAUUUGCAAGCUACACAGCCUGCCAAACUUGCCGACCUCAGAGCCGGUGAUUAGAAUGCCACGUGCAGAGGCGCAGUCGAAAGCCACAGGCCAGCCGCUGCGCUUCUUCGCCCAGGGCAAGCGCACACAGGUUCAGGAGGAGUAUCACAUCAUCGGCAGCUUCACCAACUGGGAGCGCACCGUGAAGAUGGAGGUGGAGUCGGAAGGCGUUUUUGGCUUCACCCUCACGCUCGGCGAAAAUCGCUGGGAGACGUUCCAGAUCUGGGAGGAUGGCGAUGAGGAUAAGGUGUUACAUCCAGGGUUCCACUGGGCGGACCGGGACUCUCCAGCCUUGGGGCCAUCGCGCCAGGGUGUGUGUGGGCGCUUCGCCAACUGGCGCGUGUCCGGAAAGCCCGCCCAGGUGAGGCUUUGCAAUGAAGACCAUGUAAGAAGCCUCCACCUGACACCGGCGAGCGAGGAGAUCCUCAUGUAUGCGGGCGAUACGGAGAUCCGAACCGUGGCUGCCUUCCCGGACGACUACGAACCGGAAGAAGCCGCCGGUGAGAUUCCGGUCGUGGAGCAGGAUGCCCACCUGAUUGGAAUGCCCGGCGACAGCUAUCGCGUGCGCCUGACUCUGGGAGGUGAAUACCGCAGAGUCGAUUGGCAGAAGCUGCCCCGGUCCUCGUCAUUUCCGCCUGAGGUCAUGCCUCCCUCGGCCUACUACGUGGCGGGCGACUUCAACUUCUGGGAGCUUCAGCCGAUGGAGGAGGUGGAGGAGCCGUCAUCCAGCAGCAAGUCGCGCAGCUUCGUGGCGGAGGUGAGGCUGCGAAGCGACAAAGAUAGCUUCCAGGUCGUGCGGAACAAGGAUUGGGAUCAGUCCUUCUAUCCCGAGGGCAGCUCCACGUCCACCUCCUCGCUGAGGGGCCCGGACGCCUUUGGGGCGCUGAAGGGCUGGCGGCUGCCCGGCAAGGCAGGCGAUGUGUUCCGAAUCAACUUCCGGCGGAGCUUGCCGUCGGCUGGCAAGGAUGAGAAGUCUGUUAGCUUCACGCGGAGCACCUCUGGCCCUUCCACUGGCCAGGAGCUCGUAGUCUCCCACGGCUACAGCGUGGUCGGCUCCUGGGACGACUGCAAGACGAAGAGGCCGAUGAUCUUCGAGAAGGACAGAUCGUCCUGGGUGGCUGAAGUGGUUUUGGGGGCCACGGGCGUCGAGUACUUCCAGUUCCUCUUCGAAGGCAACUGGAUGGCCCUGGUCUACCCCAGUACCAACGAGGCUCCCGCCUCUGCCGCGCCCCAGGGCCCUGACAGCAGUGGCGCCGGGCGCUUCUGGCGCCUGCAGGACGACAGCUUCAAGCCUGGCGACGCAGUGCGAAUUGCUCUCAAGGCCCUUGACAGACAAAACCUGCCCUUCAACCAGGCCUUCGGAAGCAAAAAUGGGGCCCUGGGGGGCUCCUAG